AUGGACUCUCCUCCUCCAGCGCCACCUCCACCUCCACCUCCUCAUCAUCGACCCACGGAGCAGUACAGGAAUUGGCUGGAUCUGCCUCGGGAAGUGACGGAGUCUAUCCUCAAGAGGCUUAACGUCAUCGAAAUCCUGACCAGUGCGCAAAAGGUGUGCUUGCUCUGGCGUAACAUCUGCAAGGGCCCCUCCAUGUGGCGCACCCUCAACAUGGCCUACGUCCAGAAGAACUCAUGGGACAUGCCCUACGACCUCGAGAAUAUGUGUCGCCACGCUGUCGAUCUCAGUUGUGGCCAGUUGGUGGAGAUCAAAGUCGGCAGCUUUUGCACCGACAAUCUCCUUAAGUACAUCACUGAGAGUUCAAGUGAGCUCAAAUAUCUUGGACUUUCAAGGUGCUAUGAAAUUUCAGGGGAGGGAUUCAGAGAGGCAGCUGCAAAUAUUCCAUUAUUGGAGGAGCUUGAACUUUCAUACUGUUCAUGGACACAAAAUUUAAAAGAAGCUAUUGGCGGCAGUUGUCCCCAUUUGAAAUCACUCAAAUUGAGAAGUGAGGUUUAUUGGGGAGAUCCUUUCAAGGGGUGUGAUCUUUCGGCGGUUGCUAUUGCAGAGAACAUGCCCGGAUUAGUCAGGCUCCACCUUGUUGGGAAUAAGCUGACUAAUGAUGGUUUGCAGGCCAUACUUGAUGGUUGUCCUCACCUUCAGUCACUGGAACUUUGGCGUUGUCGUUAUGUCUCUCUGGAAGGGGAUUUUGGAAGAAAAUGUUCUGAACGGAUAAAAAACUUGCGGUUUCACUAUUUCAAUGACCAAGAAUUUGAGAAAAUACUGGAAGCUAGUGGAUAUUAUGAUUACGAUGACAACGACUACGAAAAUUUUGGGCUUGAAUAUAUAGAUGAUUGA